AUGUCUGCCUUUGGUCACGACGAGGCCUGGAUGGAGGCCAGAGGCUUUGGUCUGGAGGCUGCCGAAAGAACGGAAUACCAGUCUCUGUGCAAAUCUAAACUCUUAUUCCUGGGAGAGCAGAGCGUAGGGAAGACAUCCAUCAUCAGCCGCUUCAUGUACAACAGCUUCGGCUGCGCCUGCCAGGCAACUGUUGGAAUUGACUUCUUGUCUAAGACCAUGUACUUGGAGGACCAAAUAGUUCAGCUGCAGCUAUGGGACACAGCUGGCCAGGAGCGCUUUCACAGCCUAAUUCCUAGCUACAUUCGUGAUUCAACUAUUGCAGUGGUUGUCUAUGACAUUACAAACAUCAAUUCUUUUAAGGAGACAGAUAAGUGGGUAGAACACGUGCGAGCAGAAAGAGGUGACGAUGUUGUCAUCAUGUUGUUGGGUAAUAAGAUUGAUUUGGAUAACAAAAGACAAGUCACUGCAGAAGAGGGUGAAGAAAAAUCCAGAAACCUCAAUGUGAUGUUUAUUGAGACCAGUGCCAAAACCGGUUACAACGUGAAAAAGCUGUUCCGGCGUGUGGCUUCUGCCCUUCUUUCCACAAGGACUUCACCUCCACCAAAAGAGGGGACGGUUGAAAUCGAACUGGAAUCCUUCGAGGAGUCAGGCAACAGAAGCUAUUGUUGACAGCUUAGGCUUUCUCUGCCUCAUUUGAUGGAUUUCUUACAUUUGGGCUUGCCAUACCAGUUCUCCCCACCUCGUUUUAUGACACAUGGCCACUUACUCUCUUCCAAUUCCUAGGCUUGGGGUAAAAACAGAACCCCUGAAAGUGCUAUCAUUUUUUCCUGACUGCAUCUCACAGCUACUGGGUGGAAGCUUCUUGCAGCACCUGGGAAUUCUACCUUACCUUCUCCGACAGCUAAAAGACAUCUGUAGAGAAUACAGUUCUACAGCAGCUGACAUACUUCAAAGGCCAAUACAAUUCAUUCUCCACUGUUUGUUGUUGUUUACCUACACCCUCAAUAAAUGGUUCUUUAACCUAA